AUGGGAUGGAACUCGUACAACCAGGUCUCCUGCAGCCCGACCAACGCUGGCAUCACAGCUGCCAUCAACUCUUUGGCCGACCGGGGUUUCGUCACCGCGGGUUACAAGUACUUCCAGAUCGACUGCGGCUGGGCCUCCAGAGACGGCCAGCGGAAUGCCACAUCGGGCGCGUUGAAGGUCGAUGCCACCGCGUUCCCUCAGGGUCUCAAGCCGCUGAGCGAUCUCGCGAGGUCCAAAGGCAUGAAAUGGACCAUGUACUCUGAUGCCGGCGUUCGCAUGUGCGACCCGCAGGUCCCGAGUCCCGUUCUGGGUUCACUCGGUCGCGAAGCCGCCGACGCCGACUUUUUCAAGACUCUCAACACGGAGUAUCUCAAGUAUGACAACUGCUAUGCCGAUGGUCCCAACGGAUCGCAGAAUGCGCCCAAGGAUCCGCGAACUGACUUUGUCACGCGCUUCACCGUUAUGUGGAAGGAACUUCAGCGCGUCGGUAUUCCGGGCAUGCUGAUUUGCCAAUGGGGAACCCCUUAUUCGGCAUCCAGCGGCCUGCAAGGGCCCGCGCAAUGGACGAAGGGCAUCUCGACUUCGUUCCGCUUGUCAGACGACAUCGCCUCGGGCUGGGGCAACGUCUACCGCAUCUAUAACCAAGCCAUUCACAUCGUCAAGUCCGGCAUUGUCGGACCAGGCAACAUCGCCGAUGCCGACCUUCUCGAAGUCGGCAACACCGGCAUGACUUUCGACGAGCAGGCCACCCACUUUGCGUCCUGGGCCAUGCUCAAGUCUGCUCUCAUGAUCUCUACCAACGUGGCAGCUUUGUCUGACCAGGCCGUCGCCGUGUUGCAGAACAAGGACCUGAUCGCCAUCAAUCAAGACUCCGCUGUCAAGCCGAUCAAGCUCGUCCAGCGCUGGACCGGAAACCGGGACCUCUGGGCCGGUGACCUCGCCAACGGGGAAAUCGCCGUCCUCGUCGUGGAUCUCAGCAACGCCGCCCGCACGCUGACCGUCCAGCUCGCCGAACUCGGCAUCACCUCCGCCACGGUCAAGGACCUCUGGACGUCCAAGUCCGUCACCAACGUCAACAGCUAUUCUGCGCAAGUUAACGCACACGGCUCCCUUGCGCUUCGCCUCUCCAACAUCCAGCGCUCGACCGCCGCCGGGGCGAAGUACAACUACGUCUCCGUUGCCACCGGCUCGCUUUCUUCCGGCGCGAACCUUCAAUCUUGCUCUGGUUGCACAUCUUCUAACAAGGUCGGCAACCUCGGCGGCUCCUCCAACGGCCGUGUUGUCCUUUCCAACGUCUCGACUUCUAAGGCUGGCACGCAGACCGUCCUGUUCGACUACAUAAAUGGCGACGUUGGCUACCUAGGCGGCAGCAACAACGAGAGGUUGGCGUCCAUCAGUGUCAACGGAGGCGCGGCGCAGACGGUCAGCUUCCCUCUCAGUGGUUAUAAUUGGUCCGCCGAUGUCUUCAAGGCCUAUGCGGUCGAGUUGACAGGGUUCACUGCCGGUGGUGCCAACACGAUUAGUAUUUCGGGCGUGGGAAGUGCAUGGGCGCCGGACUUUGACCGGGUCGGUGUAGCUGCGUAG